AGGUUUGUUCAUCUUUGUUCAUAUUUCUUUCCGCAAAUUCCAGUUUAGAUUUAUUUUUAAGUAUUUGGAAGCAACUUAGCCUUCAAAACAGGUCUGCCCUUUUGAUCCGAUAUUAAGAAAGCUAAGGAUCAUUAUCAACUGAAGAAAGAAGAAGAAUUUGGCCAUUUUUUUGUUCUGGGCAUUUUAUGGAUUUGUUGGAUUCUAUCUUCAUUAGAAAGGGAGAAUCUAAUAAGGAUCUUCUUAAUUUGUCUUCCAUUUUGUGAGGUACUUGUCAGCUUGACAAAUGAAUGUGGUUGGCAAAGUUGGGAGUCUAAUUACCACUGUUACUACCCCUUUUCAUCCAUUUGGUGGGGCAAUCGAUGUGAUUGUUGUUAGGCAGCAAGAUGGGACAUUUCGGAGCACACCUUGGCAUGUUCGGUUUGGGAAGUUUCAGGGUGUUCUAAAAGGGGCAGAGAAGUUUGUCCGCAUACAAGUCAAUGGCCUGGAAGUUGGUUUCCAUAUGUAUCUUGAUGAUUCUGGAGAAACAUAUUUUGAAAGGGAGGUUGAUUUUGGUUUAGGAAAUGAGACAGAUGGGGUUACACGAGGUUCUGAGGGUGGGCAAGUUAUGCAUGAAAUCAGAAUAAGAGCAAUGCUGAUGUUUGUAUACUUGAACAUAGCAUCUCAGAUUCUGGGGUUGCUCAGUUGCACGAUGGAUGUGAGUCCUCAAGUGCAAUAUGUCUUGAGAGAUCAGAGUCUGAUACCGGGUUCUAUGACUUUCAAGAUGAGCAGUUCUCCAUGGAGGGUUCACUUAGUUUAUUCUGAAGUAGUUUUGCUGAGUGUUGAUGGUCAUGUAUUGAUGGCACCUGUCUCAGCAUCAGAACAGAAUGCUGAAAAUGUGCAAUUUAGCAUGCCUCAGUUCCAUCUGGGACCAGGCAAAGGAACUGGCUAUUGUGAGGGCAACAAGGAGUUUAGUUCAGGUGACAAUAAGUGGGCUGCUGAUUAUAUUAGUAAGUUCAAUUCUGCUACAACUAAUGAUGAAAUCAGUCAAGUUUGCAGCAUGAAUCAUGUUCCAAAUGCUUUAAGUCAUGAGCUGAAUGUUUGCGAAGGAGAGGAGGAACAUGCUUGUCAAACUCAACAAGAUUCUCCAAGCAUUGCUAACCAGGCUACUAAUCUUGAUAGUCAUGUUGAUGCUGAAGAUGCAUUGGCUAUUAAUAAGAAUGGCAAUAUUGUUCAGAGCUGCUUGGAACCACUGGAAUUGGCCAACGACGGUGAAAAUACCAAUGUUGAAGAAAAAGUUAGCACUUUGGAAGGCCAGAGUUCAGAAGAAAAGCCCCCUCAUAGUCAGCCAGAUGUUGAUGAAAGUCAGGAUGGGGCUAUUUCUCAAUCAAGAAUUAACGAGGGAUUUUCUCCUCCCAAUACUUCUGAUUCCCCCGGCAAUAAUAGGUCUUCCGAUUUGCAGGAUGUGGGCAAACGGCUUAGUUUGUCAGCAGAGAUGGAAGAGAUGGAUGUUCAUGUAGAGGGACCCACACCUGAGGAUGACGGCAGCAGAAGUGAGAUUGUGGAAACUAAAAAAAUUUCUAUCAAGGAGAUGCAAACUUAUUCAAGCAUGAGAUUUGACAUCUCACUGUGUGGAAAUGAGCUGCAUGCUGGUAUGGGAUUGAAAGCUGCUGCGGAGGUCUUUGACGCACAUCACAUAUCAAUGGAAGAAUAUAAAGAUUCUGCAGUUUCAGUUACUAUUGAUAGAAACCUAGUUUUCAGAUUUGGAGAGAGGUACUUGACAUGGGACAAAGCUGCCCCUAUUGUACUUGGGAUAGCUGCAUUUGGUCUAGAUUUACCUAUUGAACCCAAAGAUGCAAUCCCUGUGGAACAGGUUGUGACACCAAACUCCAAGGAAGAUGAUUCUGUUGGCACAUCCUCUUCCUCUAGCCACAGGUGGAGGCUCUGGCUCAUUCCAUUUAGAAGGGCCAAAACCCUUGUGCACAAUAACGGUACUUCAUCUAGUGAGGGGAUAUUUGUUGAUAAUGAAUCUAGUUUACAGAACUAUCACUUGGAAUCAGGUCCAGUUUCUAAUGGAAGAAUUGAGACUCCUCGCAAGCAAUUUAUUAGAACAUAUGUUCCCACCAGUGAUCAGAUAGCAUCUUUAAAUCUGAAAGAUGGUCAAAAUAUUGUGACUUUCAGCUUCUCUACCAGGAUUCUGGGUACACAACAGGUUGAUGCUCAUAUUUACUCAUGGAAGUGGGAUGACAGGAUUGUGAUUUCGGAUGUUGAUGGAACAAUUACCAAGUCUGAUGUUCUUGGUCAGUUCAUGCCUUUAGUUGGAAGAGAUUGGUCACAGUCAGGUGUAGCUGCACUUUUCUCAGCAAUUAAGGAGAAUGGGUAUCAGCUACUUUUUCUGAGUGCACGUGCUAUUGUUCAAGCAUAUCUGACCAGGAAUUUUCUGUUCAACUUGAAACAGAUUUUGACUUUGUCACACAAUCAUGCAACAUUCUGGUUUUACUAAUGGUCCGGUUCUUAUUUCACCUGAUGGAUUAUUCCCCUCACUAUACCGUGAAGUGAUAAGAAGAGCACCACAUGAAUUCAAAAUAGCAUGUUUAGAGGAUAUUAAAAGUCUCUUCCCUCCUGAUUACAAUCCAUUCUAUGCGGGCUUUGCUAACAGAGACACAGAUGAGCUCAGUUACAGGAAGAUUGGGAUCCCAAAGGGCAAGAUAUUCAUAAUUAACCCUAAGGCACUUUCUUUGUGGUUAUUAGUUCAUGUCCUACAUCCCAUCUCCAGAUUGGAAAAUCAUCUAAGAAUUUGACUUAACCUGGCAGGGUGAGGUUGCCAUUAGUCAGCAUCGCAUUGAUGCAAAGUCAUACACAUCAUUACAUACUCUCGUUAAUGACAUGUUUCCCCCAACCUCAAUGGUUGAGCAGGAAGACUUUUAACUCAUGGAAUUUUUGGAAAAUGUCAUUGCCGGAUGUUGAUUUAUAGAGUUGGUGGCCAUUAACAACAUUCUUUGUUUUAGCCAACAAGAUGAUGGCUGCUUUAGGUAAAUAGAUAGAUAUCAUUGCCAUUCUUUUCCACUAUAACAUUUCUUACACACUCAUUUGUCUUUUUUUUUUUUUCUUUUCUUCCCAUCAUAUGGUUUGUAACUGUAAAUCUGUAAGCAUUCAUCUUGUCCUGGAUAAUUCAAGUGA